UUAUUACAUCCAAAUAUUGCAACAAAAACAAACCGGACACACACCUCCUCUCUUCUUCAACAAACAAAUCUAUACAACUAACAAAAUUAACAUAACACCCUUUUUUUCUUCCUUAUUAUUCCUUCUUUUUUUAUUCCACACAAACCAAAUUCCCCCAUACAAAAUAAAAUUAAAAGUGUAGAGGAAAAAAAGAGAACAAAAAAUAAGGAACAUUGACAACUUUUUAUAUGUGCGUCCAAGGUUAUGGUUGGAGUUGCGUUGACCGAUUGAGUUGACAGCCAAUGAAGGAUUAGUGGUUACAUUUUUGUUAAAGGGAAAAAGAUAUAAUCUUUUUAAUUUGAUUUGGAAAGGGAACAAAAUUAUGUUGUCAAAGGGUGAGCAUCAAACGGUACCAUUAUCUGUGUUGUUGAAACGUGAAUUGGCUAAUGAGAAGAUUGAAAGGCCUGAGCUUUUUCAUGGUCAAGCUAGUCAGAGCAAGAAAGGAGAGGAUUUUACGCUUGUCAAGACCGAAUGUCAGCGUGUUUUGGGUGAUGGGGUUGCCACCUAUUCUGUUUUUGGAUUAUUUGAUGGGCACAAUGGGUCAGCAGCCGCUAUAUAUGCCAAAGAAAAUCUCUUGCAGAAUGUCUUGAGUGCUAUUCCUCCUGAUCUUAGCAGAGAUGAGUGGGUUGCUGCACUGCCUAGAGCUUUGGUGGCAGGAUUUGUCAAAACGGAUAAAGAUUUCCAAGAAAGAGCAAAAACUUCAGGGACAACCGUCACCUUUGUCAUAAUUGAAGGGUGGGUUGUGACAGUUGCGUCAGUUGGUGAUUCUCGCUGCAUACUAGAAUCUGCUGAAGGCGGAAUUUAUUAUCUGUCAGCCGAUCAUAGGCUUGAGUGCAACGAAGAGGAGAGAGAACGUAUAACAGCCUGUGGUGGAGAAGUUGGUCGGCUUAAUGCUGGUGGUGGUACGGAGAUUGGUCCUUUGAGAUGUUGGCCCGGUGGACUCUGCCUCUCUAGAUCCAUUGGAGAUAUGGAUGUUGGCGAAUAUAUAGUUCCUGUCCCCUAUGUGAAGCAAGUAAAGCUAACGUCCGGAGGUGGAAGGCUAGUAAUAGCAAGUGACGGCGUCUGGGAUGCUUUGUCUGCAGAAUCGGCUGUUGAAUGUAGUCGUGGAAUGCCUUCAGAAGCUGCAGCUUCUCAAAUUGUUAAAGAAGCCGUACAGCCAAAAGGGAUUCGAGAUGAUACAACCUGCAUUGUGAUUGAUAUACAUCUCCCAGAGAAAGAAAAUCCUCCAGCGCCACCACCCAAAAAGUCUGGAAAAGGAGUAUUCAAGUCCAUGUUUCGCAAAAAGACGUCUGAGUCAUCUUCUAAUAUUCAGAAAGAUUUUUGUGAACCGGAUGUAGUGGAAGAACUAUUUGAGGAAGGAUCUGCCUUACUUUCAGACAGGUUAGACACAAAGUAUCCAGUCUGCAACAUGUUUAAGUUAUUCAUAUGUGCCGUCUGUCAAAUAGAGAUAAAGCCCGGACAAGGUGUUUCAAUACAUGCUGGCGCCUCAAAUACAAGAAGUUCACGGCCAUGGGACGGCCCUUUCCUAUGCACAAGCUGCCAAGAGAAGAAAGAAGCCAUGGAAGGACGGAGACCUACUGGAGAUGGAGGUUAUAGUAGUGACUAGUUAAGCAGAUGUGCAAUACUAACGACUGCUUCAUAGACGAUUUACAAUUGGGAGGUAUGACAUGAUAUCGUUGUCUUGAUGGUUCUUUCUGUUUCAGUAAACAAAGAACACAACCUGGCUUCUGUCACUUGUGAGAUACAUGCAUUAGUAUUUCGAGUUUGCCUCCUUUAGCUCGGAAAAUGGAGUUCUGAACUGCAUAGUACAUAGUUUGGCCAUUUCUAAAAAAGGAUUCACAUUGUGAAGGAUAUCUUCAUGGCCUUAUUUAAAGCACACUCAAAAGGUAAUUUCUAUGAUUAUAUAGUGAAUUAAUGGUGACGUAACGAUCACCAUUUUUCGUUGUAACAUUACUAGUUAGUAAAGUUUGAUUAGGAUUCUUUUGAGUUUUGUUUUUGUUUUCCUCUUUGCCCUCCCCUACCAGGAAAAACUUGCUGAUCAUCUUCUAAUUAAAUUAAUUCUUGUAUUAUACAUUUAUCACUCCCUUCGCAAGCAAGAAGCGCAAGCAUUGGAAACUGGAAAUUGUUUCUUAGCUUAUUUUUAUUUUAUUUAGUAUGAUGACGAUAUGAAAUGAGCUUAAAUGAAGCGUGGAUGCUUGUAGCCAUUAUUUUCUA